AUGAUCAUCUCCGUCUCCGAGACAUUCACUCUUGUCUCCAACUCUACUUCAGCCGAGAUUCGUCAAGGCGUAGAGGCUAUGGACGUUUCUGGUGAAACAGCACCAGACUCAAAGCCAGCAGAAACCAUCCCCACCGAGUCGCAUCCUUUCAUGGAGGGGUUGAUCAACUAUCAAAAGGAGGAGCCAUCAGAGACCCUCCAAGGUAUGAUGUUGACAGAGAACGGAGACUUGGCGUAUCGAUACACCGAGAACGCCCUUGUCGAUCUCUUCCAAGAACUCGAGGAAGUUGUGUCGGGCCCACGCCUGAAUGAACUUUUGCUUGCCGCCUGGAGAGAAAACCCCAUCGCCACUCUAAGAAUCAUCUUCAACGCUCGCUCUAUCCAUCUCGGUAAAAGCUCGCGGAUUACUCUCUACCGCUGUGCUGGCUGGCUGGCACAGAAUCAUCCCAUGACCCUUAUCACCAACUUGCGAUGGCUGAGCCGGCCUAUCAUUGAGAAGAAGGCCGAAAAGAAGGAAGACGAGGAUCUCAUUAUCGUUGAAGACGAAAACAAAGACGAGACUACCAAGUUCGAUGUCAGGAAUGGCGUCGCACACGGAUACUGGAAGGAUCUUUUGAACAUCCUUGCGCUUGCAGUCAACAAAAAGCUCACUGUUCUCGAUGACCCCAAGGAAAUUUUGAACAGCGAGAAUCCCGGUAUCAUCCGAGGAAAGUCUGUCGCUAAGCCCAAUGGUCAACGAGGUGCUCGAGGUAGUCGCGGACGCGGAGGAGUCCUGAGUGGACGAAUCAACACCACCUCACAAGUCGAAGACAAGAAAGAGAAAGCUCGGUCUGAUCCAAAGGAAGUCAGAAGGGAAGCCAGGACAACUCGGUAUGAGACUGCCACAGCCAUGUUUAAGAGCGACCCAAUAUAUCGCGCCCUGCACUUGAGUGUUGCUCGCCUAUUCGCCGAACAGCUAGACAAGGACCUUCGGGCCCUUCGAGGAGACGAUAAGAAGGCUAAGCGAUCCAUUUCGUUCGCUGGCAAGUGGGCUCCUUCGCAUGACCAUUUCCACGACAGACACACCUUGAUCGUCAGCACCAUUGCUGAAAUCAUGUACCCACGAGAGACAAUCGACAAUGAGAAGCUGAAGCCGACCGACGACCACGAGACCUACCUUCGAUUCGCUCGUGAGGAGUACCGCAAGGACACGUCUGCUCUCCGAAAGCACCUCGAGAUUGUGGAACGUGCCAUCACGGAAAACAGGUACGGAGACAUCAAGUACGACCGAGUCUCGUCGCUCGCCAUGAACCAAUACAGCAAGCUGUUCAUUGAGAAAGACGCUGAACGCUUCGAUCAGUACCUUGACAAGGUUGCUGAAGGAAAGGCAAACAUCUCUGGAGCCACCCUGUUGCCGUCAACCCUGAUCCACAAGGUACGACAGGGCACCAGAAGUGCAAGCCGACUGGAUCAAAAGAUUGCCCAGAUCGAAUCCAAAGUACUCGAUGGACAGUGGAACACACUUGUCCAGCGUAUCAAGGACUCUGGUACCAUGGAUUCGAGUAUUGCGGUUUGUGAUGUUUCUGGAAGCAUGGACUCUCCCACGUUCUCUGACAAGACUACACCGAUGGAUUCCGCAAUCGGUCUUUCUCUCCUUGUUGCCGAAGUGGCCAAGCCUCCAUUCGCCGGUGCUUUUAUCACUUUCAGUUCUCAUCCCUCGGUCGAGACGGUCGAUUUAUCCAAGACCCUGGCGGAGAAGAUCAACAUCAUGGAUAGUUCCGAGUGGGGUAUGAGCACCAACUUCGUUUCCGUAUUCGAAGACUUAAUUCUCCCAAUGGCUACCAGGAACAACCUGAAGAAUGAAGAUAUGGUCAAGCGGGUGUUUGUCUUUAGUGACAUGCAGUUCAACGAUGCAUGUGAUUCAUCCGAUUCAAUAUACUCUGCUCCUAGUUGGUCCAAUGCCCCAAAGUCGGGCGAUGAAGCUGAAGGUGGUUGGGAUACCUCUUAUGAGCGCAUCAAGGCCAAGUUUGAAGUUGCGGGCUACGACAUGCCCGAGCUGGUCUUUUGGAAUCUUGCAGGAGGCAGAGCGGGAUAUGGCCAGACGUCUGGAGAUCCAGUUGCACCCAAGCCUGUUAAAUCUGAUGAGAAUGGAACAUGUCUCGUCAGUGGAUACUCCCAGGGUCUUCUGAAGGUGUUUUUGGAUGGAGGCGGCUUCGAGGAAGAGCAGGAAGAAGAGGAAGUGGUUGUUGAGAAGGAUGUCGAGGGCAAUGUGACGCAAAAGGUCAAAAAGGUCAAGAUGUCGCCUCUCAAGAUUGUGCAAAAGGCGAUUAGUCACAAGGCGUAUGAGAUGUUGACGGUUGUUGACUAG